CAUGGACAGAAACUCUAAAAACAAAAACAACUCUAGUGAUGAAAACCUAUUUGACAUGAAGAAAACUACGUACUGGGAAAUAUACGGUGUAAAACGUUUUCCAUACCGUGGAAAGCGUAAGUUUACACCAUUACUUUCCCAAUCUUUAGAUGGAGGAAUGGUGAUCUCAAAUGACGUGUUUGGAUUAACUAUAAGUCAGUUUGAACGAAUGUAUAAAGCUUGUUUAGAAAGAAGGAAAACAAAAGAACAGUGGAUAAUAAACCUCAGAUAUCCUGACAAAUCUUCAAAUGAAUAUCUGGAAUACUUAGAGAACUGUACAGACUGUGAUAAAGAUAACUUGCCGUGGAUUGACCCGAGGGAUCAUCACUUAUAUGAACACCUAGUAAAUAUAGUUGGUAGUGAAAUAGUAAUACGAAAAAGACAACGACUUUUUAAAAUACAAGAUAUGAUCGUCAAUUCGUCACGUUCAACCGAUUGUUUACAAAUAUUUAGUGGAAGUUUGGCUGAAGGACUAGAUUUACCUGGUAGCGACCUGGAUGUCAUGUAUGUAAUCAACUACGUAAAAAUAAUUCGAAAUAAAAAGAACAUCUUAAACCCGGUUAAUGGUGAAACAUUGUAUGUUAUGGAGACAGCUAUUGAUCAUCCUGGAUUUGCUAGAAUAAUUGCAGUUGCAACAGAUUAUAGAAAAUCAUUUCGUGAACAAUGUGGCCGCUGUCCCAAAGGUUCAUGUACUGGGACACAAUUUAUGCAAUCGACAUACGGAUUUCUUAAUGUAUAUAUGCGAAAUUGUAUUCGUGAUUCAUCUAUACACGGUCCAUGUGUAUCUAACAAAGACCAGACGAUUGAUUAUGCAUUCUGUAUACGAUGUAAAUAUCUACCUCACAAUGCAAUGCCAUGGGCAUCACGUCAUGGACGGCAAUGGCCACCUUGUUUUGUUAUUGACAGGAUCGUUAAAUACGGAUGUUUGCUAGUACCUAUAGGACCUAAGAAUUUGUCAGAUGAUGACUCUUUAUGGAGAAUAUCAUUCUCUGCGGCUGAAAGGUUACUGGUUCAUUCGUUUAAUUUUACCCAAUUCUUAUGUUACGGUCUCCUCAAAUUAACACUCAAGCGAAUAAUUAACACUCACGAUUAUGUAAACGAUUUAUUGUGUUCUUACUUUUUAAAAACUGCUCUUUUUUGGGUGUCGGAGGAAAUAGAUAUUAACACUUUUCAAUUAUCAAAAAUUUAUCAUUGUUUUUUUCUGUGUCUUGAUAAAUUAAUAUCAUGGGUUAACACAUGUUACUGUCCGAACUAUUUUAUACCUGAACACAAUAUGUUCCUAGGAAAGAUCAAUCAGAGUAAUAAUAAGAUUCUAGUAUGUGUUCUUCGGAGUAUACAGUGUGGAGGGAUCGAUGGAUUGAUACAUAAUUUAUUUCCGCUUGAGAAUGAACAUCAUCGUUUUAAAAGUACAAAGAGGGAAUUUUCGUUCAUUCCGCUGGACUUACUUCUUUACAGGACUACUUGUCUCAUGAUGACCACGAUACGUGCAGACAUUUUAAAUGAUUAUAAAGCAUUGUCAUGUAUAUAUUCUUUACUUAAAUCCGAGUCGUCUACAUAUAUUAUUGAUGCAUGUAAAAUGUAUAAAUACCAUUUGAGUCAUAUUAUAGUACAACUACUACCUUCACCAAACACAAUAGGUAACACGAUCUCCAUACGCAAAUUAUAUCAUAGACAUUUACAAAACGGCACAAAGACUGAUGCUGUAUCGGGUUGGUUGUUAUACGCGUCGUUUUAUUAUGUAACGGGACAGUUCAAUGUUACACUCGAAAUAACGAAUUAUGUUCUAUCAAAAUGGUCAUCUAAUAUGAUGUUUAUAGACGUUGACAAAAAUGACUUAAUGAUAACAAGUUACAAACAUAAUGUACACUCUUUCAUGACAGUUAUUGAGAGGAUGGCACUAGCCACUGCUCAACAUGUGCAUUACGAACAAAACUCACAAUUAAUACCAGAAGAACUUCAGCACACGGUUGAAUACAGUGUCAUGAACGUGCUACCAAACAUAAUGUCUUAUUGUCUUCGAUUUCUAUGUUAUCAUCAUCUUGGCGAUAUAUCGAGCAGACGACAGGCAUUACGCGAUUUAUAUCGAACUAUAAAAGAUAAGGUAAUAAUAUCGAAAAAUACGGUUUCUAAUGAAUUAACAAUACUUGCAGUAUGUUUUGAAGUAUCCGGAGAUAAGGACAUGGCCUACAACUGCUACGAGGAAGCUUUACAGUGUGAAAAGUAUGUAUGUCCUGCAGCAGAAGCAAGAAAAUCAAAACUAUUUAGAGAUUUAACAUAAAAUUACAACAUAAUUGCAAUGGAGUAUGUAAUGUUUCUGAUAUAAAUAGUGUGAGAAACAGCCUGUGUGACCUUAUGUGUUAU